AUGGAGACUACUCUGCUGCCGGAUGGGAUCUUCGUCUCCCCCGCAUUCCUCGCCCGUAUGGCGGAGGGGAUGGUCCCGCUCGACGCUGCGAGGACGACGACGAUCUGCACCGGACGGGACCACCAGGAUUGGGAGGAGGGGAGUGGGGGGACGGAGCAAACCGAGAGGAUGAUGCUGAAGGUGCCUAAGGUGGAGAAGCAGUCGACCGAUGCGGAUCUCACUGCCGCUGCAAAGAGGCUCCCAUUUGAGGUGGACUGCGGGACGUUGAAGUGCCUGUCGCCAGGAUCCCACCGCCUACCGGCGCUGCAGUCUCUCGAGCCAGGUCUCGAUCCGAGGGAAAAGACGCAUUCGGGAUCGAGUGCUUGGGGUGUAGAGCUCGGCUCCGUCGUCGUCGAGCCCUCUCACAAACGGUUCCGCUCGAUCCCGGCGGCGACGCCAUCGUCUACCGCUGUUUCCUUCCCUUCGCCUCAUCCUUUGUUCUCUCCUCCUCACCCUCAGCCUUCGAGCUCCGAUGACCAGCGAGCUCUCCAGGCUGAGAAACCGGCAUCGCGGCAGUUGAUCCCCCCGAAUUUGAGGUCUCGCGUCAGGCGCAAGGGCAUCAGCGAGCGGAUCAGGUUGCUGGCGAAGCUGAUGCCGUGGGAUAGGAAGAUGAACACGAGCACCAUGCUGGAGGAGGCACGCAACUACGUCAAGUUCCUGGAGGCGCAGGUCACCGUCCUCCAGUGCAUGCCGGUGGAGUCUCGGUUCAGCUGCCCUCCCCCUUCCUCCUACGCGACCUCGGCAUCGGUUCUCCGAGGACUAGAAAGACUGACUCGCCAGCAGCUGCUGCAUGUGAUGGUCAGAUCCCCACUGGUUCAAGAUAAGCUCUGCGGCCGCGGCCUCUGCGUGUUCUCCGUGGAGCAGGUGAUCCUGAUGCGGCAGGCCGCUGAGAGGAAGAAGAUCCUCCACCACCAACACCACCAGCUUGAGCAACAGAUGAUUCUGGACAGCGGUUCCACCUCCACGAUUAGCGACUAG